CUGGCCGGAAUUCCCCAAUUCCCCUCCCGAAUUCCCAAAAUCCCCAAAAUUCCCUCCCGAAUUCCCAAAAUCCCCAAAUUCCUGGCCGGAAUUCCCCAACUCCCCUCCCGAAUUCCCGUUUUUUGCUCUUUUCCCGGCAGCUCCGUGCCCACGCUCCCCGCAUUUUGGCGUCGCUGGUGGCCGGGCUGGACGACCGCGACGAUCCCGAGAAUCUCCUGGCUCUGGAAUCCAUGGAAGGAAUUCCCAAAAUCCUGGAGCACCUGGAGGAGGGCGAGGAGCGCUCGGAGCUGCUCGGCGUCGCCGUGCGCAUCCGGCCCUUCUUCGACAGCGAGCGGCGGGAGCUGCGGCGCUGCUCCAUCCUCCUCUUCGGGAACCUCUCCCGCUCCUCCCAUUCCCAACUUUUCCGGGAUCAGAUCCUCAACAGCCUCGUCCCGCUCCUGCUGCACCUGCAGGACCCCCAGCCCGACGUCGUCAAG